AAACUCGUGGGUCAAGAAGGGCCAACAGCUCUCUCUCCUCUCUUGACUGUUGACCGUGUUGACGUUGGAGAAUCACUGGGAUUGCACGUGGAUACUGCCGGUUUUGUUUGUUGCACUCGAGUUAGCAAGUUAUUUAAACUAUCAGAAACAAUCAAACCAAAAUUACUUUAUAGUCUGAAAUUGUUGUCAUUAAGUGUCUCACUCACUAUGGGCAAAUGGGCUCAACGAAAGAAGGGCAAGAAGCAGCCCAUUCAAAAAACUAGGAAAGAAUUGAGGAAAGAGCAGAGAAAAGAAAAGAAGUUAAAGCGUACUAUAAGACAUCAAUCUAACAGUUUAAAACCCAACUCGGAAGAGGGUUCAGGAAGUAAUGUUGCCGCAGGAAAGAGUAGAGAUAAAGAUCUCAAAUCUGUAGGGAAACCUUCAAAAAAUGUCCGCGCAACAAAUUCAGAUGAGUCUAGAAGUAAUGAUAAGAACAAACAAGAAAAGCUUCAGUCUGAUAUGUUGGCAAAUAGAAAGAAGCUACUCCUUGCAGCUAACAAAGAAGAAGACCGUAACAUUAAGCAUCUUGAAAAACUGCUCCGGCUCAACCGUAGUAAAAAGAAAUCUUUGCCCAAGUCAUUUGCUGAUGAUGGGCUUGGUUAUUUACUUGAGGUUUGUGACCCAGACAAAAUGAAAGAAACUGUGAAGGUGGACCAAGCUCUUCAGGACUCGGGAUCAGAGUUUGAGGAAGACUUUGCUGUUGUCACAGGAAAAGAAAAGAAGAAAGACCAAAAACUUAAAAAGAAGCCACAAGCCGAUAAAGCUUUUGGGGACGAGAGUAUGAGUGAAGAUGAGAAUGGUGACUCAGGUUCAGAUCUUGAUUCUGGAAGUGAUUUUGGUCUAGGUGUUGAUGACAGCAGCGACGAGGAAAUGAAUGAUGACAUGUCUGAAGGUGAAGAUACAUCAGGUGAUGAGGAAAUGUCUGAUGGUCUUGAUGAAAGUAAUGAAGAAAGUAUGGAGGAGGAUGAAGGUAAAGAGGAAUUCAGUUCAGAUACUAAGCAGCAAAGUUAUAAAUUCGUAGAUAAAAAGACAUCAAGCAGCAGCAAGAGGGUAAAAUUUAAUUUAUCUGUAGAUGAACAAGAAGAAAAGCGGAGCUCUCUUAAAGGCAUACUGAAAAAUACUCAAAAACAAUCCAAGGUUCCUCUCUGUGGCAAAGAGAGGAAUAACACUGAUAGUGAUGAAACAGGGGAUGAAGAUGAUCACAGUGAUGAUCAAGAGGAGCUGGAGAGCACUGAUGAUGAUGAUGAUGAAGAAAUGAUGGAAAAGGAUGAAGAAAUUGGUGUUCACAAUCAGAAUGAUAAUCCAUUAAAUUCAGAUAGGUUGACAAGGAAACCUGAUGGAUCGUGGCAAGAUAUUUAUGGACGAACACGAGACAAGGCUGGUAAUGUCAUUGAUGAAAAGCCAGGAAAAUAUAUUCCACCAGCAUUGCGUGCAAAAAUGCAGGGAGAUGAGGAUGUAAAGCGCAAGGAAACCCUUGCUCGACUUCGCAGACAAAUGAAAGGUCUGAUAAACCGUUUGGCAGAGAACAAUAUGGCUAGCAUUUGCACUCAGAUGGAUGAACUGUAUAUGAAAAACAGUCGAAACGACAUGAAUGAGACUUUGUUAGGUUUAUUUUCAGAUGCCUUGAUUUCUCAUGUUCUUACUCCAGAACGCUUAGUUAUGGAACAUAUGCUUUUGAUUGCUGUUCUCCAUGCUAAUGUUGGCACGGAAGUUGGGGCACAUUUUCUUCAAAAUGUAAUGAAUAAAUUUCAAGUAAUGCUUGAUCAAUCUCAGGAUGUUGAAAAUAAAGAAUUAGACAAUGUGGUGUUGAUCCUUUCACAUUUAUAUAAUUUCAAGAUAUUUAGUGCAUCAUUACUGUAUGAAGUCCUUGAUAAGAUUGCGGAAAAACUUGAUGAGAAGCGAAUUGAGCUAUUGUUAGUUGUACUGCGUAGUGUGGGAUUUUCUCUACGUAAAGAUGAUCCACUAGCCUUGAAAAGUCUUAUCCUGAAGUUGCAAGGAAAAGCAGCAAGUUGUCCCUCUGCUGUGAGCAAUAGUUCUCGAGUGAAAUUUAUGCUUGAUAUACUUAUGGCUGUAAAAAACAACAACAUGUCUAAGAUACCAAGUUAUAGCCCGGAACAUGUGGAGCAUCUUAAGAAACUCCUAAGAACUCUAGUCCGGCGGGGGAAUUAUGUUGCUGAACUCAAGAUAACACUUGAGGAUUUGUUAAAUGCGGAGGAACGGGGUCGAUGGUGGAUUGUUGGUUCUGCUUGGACAGGACAUUUACCUGGGGAAAAUUCUGCAGAAAACCCCAAUGUAGUGCCAACAAAUGAUGUGAAAUCUAUCAAGUCAUCAUCAAAUUCCUACAGCAGCCAGCUUUUAGAGUUAGCCAGGAAACAACGUAUGAAUACUGGUGUUCGGAAGGAUAUAUUUUGUAUUCUUAUGACUGCAGAGGACUUCUUGGAUGCAUUUGAAAAACUGCUACAUCUAAAUCUGAAAAACCAACAAAGACAGGAGAUUGUACAUGUUUUGUUUGAUUGCUGCCUUCAAGAAAAAUCCUUCAAUCCGUAUUAUGCCCAUCUCUCCCAAAAAUUUUGUGACUUUGACCGGCAAUAUCAGAUGAAAUUUCAAUAUUGUCUCUGGGACAAGCUGAAGGAGCUGGGACAAGUCAAUACCUCUCAACUUAGCAACAUGGCAAAAUUAUUAGCACACCUUUUCCUUGAAAAAGGUCUUCCUCUCUCAGCGUUAAAGGUUCUCAGCUUUGCUGAAAUGGACAAACCAUGUGUGCGAUUAGUUCGACAGAUUCUCCUUAUAAUCCUCUUAUCAGCUGAUGAAUCAAAAUGUGAAGCAGUAUUUCGGAGAAUAGCUGCCUCCCCUCAGCUACAUCUCUUCAGAGAGGGUCUUCGUCUCUUUAUUAAUCAUUUCGUGCUUCGUAAAAGCAGUAAUAAAUCCCUCCCUAAAGAAGAAUGUGAACUGCUUCAAAACCGUGCUGCUCUUGCUGAUAAAGCUCUAUCAUCAGCUGAUUCAAAAUUAGAGUUUUAGGUGUUUAACCUUAUUAAUAGAUUAUGUAGCAAUAAGAAAAAUAAAAAAUCAAUACUAAAGUUUCUACAAA